CAGUAUCGAUCACGAUGCCUGCCCAGUUUCCGGACUGUCCGCCUAUCAUCGGCGACUCCAUGACGGUGACCGACCAGGAGGGCCCCCGGCGGGUGACGCUGUCGUCGCUCGCCGAUGACGUGGUCAUCAGCGGUGUCAGCGGCAAGUUCCCGGAGUCGGACAACCUGCAGGAGUUCGCCGACAACCUGUUCGGCGGCGUGGAUAUGGUGACCGAGGACGGCCGGCGCUUCACACCCGGCAUCUUCGGCCUGCCGACGCGAUCCGGCAAGCUGAAGGACCUGUCGUCGUUCGACGCCUCGUUCUUCGGCGUCAGUCCUAAGCAGGCCAACAAGAUGGACCCGCAGCUGCGCCUGCUGCUGGAGCUCACGCACGAGGCCAUCGUGGACGCGGGAGUGAGCCCGCAGUCUCUCCGCGGCACCAGGACCGGCGUGUUCAUCGGCGUGUCCCAGAGCGAGACAGGACACAAGCUGUCCGAGGACCCCGACCAGAUCAACGGCUACGGCUUGACGGGCACCAACCGCGCCAUGUUCGCCAACAGGAUCAGCUACACGUUCCACUUCACUGGUCCCAGCUACGCCAUGGACACGGCCUGCUCCUCGUCAUUGCUGGCUCUCAACAACGCCCUGCUCUGCAUGAGAACCGGCCAGUGUGACGCGGCCAUCGUCGGCGGCGUGAACCUCUGCCUGCGGCCCGAGUCGAGCCUCCACUUCGCCCGGCUCAACAUGCUCUCGGCCGAGGGCAAGUGCAAGGCCUUCGACGCCACAGGCGCCGGAUAUGUGCGCUCGGAGGCGGCCGUGGCCGUGCUGCUGCAGCGUGCCCAGCACGCCCACCGCGUCUACGCCACCGUCGUGCACGCCAAGGCUAACACGGACGGCUUCAAGGACCAAGGAAUCACCUACCCGUCGACCCAGGUGCAGCGUCAGCUGCUGCAGGAGGUGUACUCCGAGGCCGGCGUCGACCCCCGCCGGCUGGCGUAUGUGGAGGCGCACGGCACCGGCACCAAGGUCGGCGACCCGGUGGAGGUGGGCGCCAUAACGGAGGCGCUCUGCAAGGACCGCUCGUCGCCGCUGCUCAUCGGCUCCGUCAAGUCCAACAUGGGGCACUCGGAGCCGGCCUCCGGUCUCUGCUCAGUGGCCAAGGUGAUCGCCAUGGAGUCGGGCGUGAUCCCGGGCAACCUGCACUUCAGCCAGCCAACCCCGACAUCAGCGGCCUGCAGGAGGACGUGCAUGAUGGACCUGCUGCGCUCGAUGGACCUGGCCGGUGACCCGUUCCUGAAUCCUGGCGUUGACCCGUCCGGGGUCCCGGACGGCCUGAUCGGCCACUCGGUGGCGAGCUGGGCUUGCGCCUACGCCGACGGCUGCUUCUCGGCCGAGCAGGCCGUGCUGGCCGCCUACUGA